GACAUAACAGCAUCUCAUCUCCGAACAGGUCCACCAACAUCAGACCCAAGGCUCUAACGAAACCACACAAGCCAGUAGCGAGAGCCUUCCCGCAACCAGUCGCUAGGCCGUCAUCGUUGUCGUGGUCCCCGAUGUGUAGUUGUGGUUUAGCUGUCGAGCAGCUUUUAAUUCACCUAUGGAGACCUGCGAUACUCGCUUCGCACUCGGACUCGGACAUUCUCCAAGUGGAUUUCGGAUCGAUAAUUACCAACGAGCAAAUUCUUCGGUUGUUUAAUUCGUGAGUGUUUUUUAUUGCAAGAAAAAAAUUUAAACUCAUACGCUAGCGCACAGAAGCAGAAAUUAUCAUACGCUAGCAAAGAUUUGAAUCUUAUAAAUAAGCGAUUGAACGGUUGAAAUCAAGUGAACGUUGUAAACGAAACCUGUAACUAGGGUAUAAAUCCGCGUUCAAGUUUUACAAGUUUCGUUUUUUUCUACGCUUCUCUGUAACCUGUAUUGAAACUGUGUGUUCAAAGAGUCAAUCGAAGAAACAAAACUCCGGAAACGGUACAAGUUUUAUUUCAUCUCCUAUGUGGACUUGCCAGCAAUUCUUUGCACACGCCGCUCCUCCGGACUGGCGAAACAAGAUCCAAAGGAAACCGUGCACCUUGUACAAAAGAGAAGAUAUGUUAUCAUCAAAAGUCGAAUUGAAAUCGCGAUAAGCGACGUUUAAAAGAAGAGUGACAGAUAAUCAAUAAGUUGCUGGUAGAAGUAGUUGCGGAAGGGGGGAAAAGAAAAAGCGCAACAAAAAAACAAACGAAACCCAGGGAAAGGAAAAUUGUUACAAAUUCAAUUCGCGCAGUUCGUUCCGUGCGCGCUCAUGUCGGCUCGUUUCGGUGUGUGUGUGUGUGUACGUGCAUACGUUCAUGCGUGUGUGGAGAAAGAUACAACGAUUAAGUGUGGCGUUAGUGGUCCUCCUAGGGGUCUAGAAAAGUGUGUUUUGGAAUCCUAAAUAACCGGGAACCGAGGUCCAGGGACGUGGGUUUUAAAGAUCCAAAGCGUAUCGACAAGUGGAAGAAUAAACGAAAAAAGAAAUGUGAUUGGCGCAGUGCGUUUUUAAGCUUCACAACAUACUUUGCGACAGUCGAGCUUCGUAGAGGAAUGUUUGACAAGAUAAAAUAUAAGCGGAAAAUAAAACAACAUUGCUGGAAGAAAGAAGAACUGUUGUAUCAAAUCAAUAAUAUUGAAAUUUAUUUACAAAACUAAGCGAAAGAAACAAAACAAAAACCUAACUAACAAGAACGCAACUGAAAAAAAGAAAUCAACAAUUCUAUUAUUUUCAACUGUGCACUUUAGAGAUUGGUUGGUAUCGAGAUUGUCGGAAAUACAGAUUAAGUAUAUUUUUACUUCGAUUCGCGAUUUGUGGUAAUGAUAACUUGCAAGCUUUGUCGUGUCUUAACCAGUGUCACCUCCCUAAUCGCGUUGAUUAUAAUCCUGAGAAGGCAGUGCUGUAGUCUUUGUGUGCGUGUUUGUGGCAUCGAAAUUGCCUGCAGGCUCUGCACUAGUGUUGGUUCGAUGCAUAGAGAAUCGAGGCCAUUUCGGUGGUCGGUUGCGGUUGUUGUUGUGUAACGCGCGAGACCACCUGAGAGCGGUACGUGGGCGUUUUAUCCGAAGUCUCUAUACUGUAUCACCAAGUGUUGUAGUCCAAGCUGCAAGUCGUCCAAGGCCGUUUGGAUGCGAUCAAGUGUCGGAAAGUGUUUUGUGAGCCGUAAAUUAUCGCGACGUAAGACAGGCAACAUCGAAGUCGCACUACACCGGACGCGGUCCUUAGCGAAGCAGCAGCGCUUUGCAUAAUUUUACUGUGUGCCAAGAAAAUAGCAGCAAACACGAACAUGCACGCGUGGCUUUUUGUCCUCGCGGUGCUGGCGAUUCUACAGGGUGUAACGCAAGUCGCUAGCACCGACGGUCAAUUCACCACUCUUGCCUUCUCCUCCUCUAGCAUCAGCACACUCUUCACAUCGACGGGCAGCAGCAGUAGUAGCAGGAGUAGUGACAGCAGCGGAAGCAGCAACAGUAUCAGUGCCAACAGUAUCCCAGAUGGUCAUCAGCCACUGGCAGCGGCAACCGCCGAGAAGGCGUUCAGUGACAGUGGCAUGGCGCAAAGUGAGCCAAAGGUGGACGAAAAUAGUAUAGAAGAACAACACCGAGAAGAACGCGAAGAAACAGAGAACACCGUGCACCGACCGGUCGCGGGUGAGCUGCAUCUGCAGGUGCAAACCGACAAUAGUGAUAGUGACAGCCUAGAUCUUAGCAGUAGUGAUAGCAGUAGUAGCAGUAGUAGUGAUAGCAGUAGUAGCCAUAGCCAUAGUAAGCCCGAUCCUGCAAUGCUAGUCCAAAUCGAGAAGAAUCUCGGUAGUCUGUUCGGUUUUUCCAAAAGACCAAAAAUUGAUAGAUCUAAGGUGGUGAUACCCGAAGCGAUGAAGCAGCUGUACGCCCAGAUCAUGGGCCACGAUCUGGUCGAUUCCGUCCACGUGCCAAAGAAGGGCCUCAGCACGCGCAACGCCAACACCGUGCGGAGUUUUACGCAUGAAGAAAGCCAUAUAGACGAACGUUUCAAGCAUCAUCACCGCUUCCGGCUGAUGUUCAACGUGACCAACAUCCCGCUGGGUGAGAAGCUGCGGGCAGCGGAACUCACGCUGAACCGAGAUGCGAUCGAAGACCAGCGGUACCGGGCCGUGCAGCAUCAGGUGCUGGUGUACGACAUCGUGCGGCCCGGCAUCAAGGGCAAACGGGCCCCCACGUAUCUGUUGAUCGAUAGCAAAACGGUCAAAAUCAACGAAACCGGUCCAAUCAGUGUAGAUGUGCUGCCAGCAGUCGCGCGGUGGCUACGACAUCCUAAGCAAAACCAUGGAAUCUUCAUUCAGGUUAUCAGUAAAAGCAAACGGAAGCCUCGAGCCGUACCACAGCACGAGCACGUCCGGCUGCGGCGGAGUACCGAUGAAAGCCACGACAAGUGGGCUCAGAAACAGCCACUGCUAUUCACCUACACCGAUGACGGUCGACAUAAGCAACGGCCGAUCCGGGACGCGUUAAGUAAUGCGAACCGUGCGCGGCGAACACCGAUGCGGAAUCGUCGAAGGAAGAAUGGCACGGAAACGUGUCAGCGGCGGCCACUCUACGUAGACUUCAGUGACGUCGGUUGGAGCGAUUGGAUUGUGGCUCCACCGGGCUAUGAAGCCUACUACUGCCACGGUGAAUGCCAGUUCCCGAUCGCCGAUCACCUGAACACGACGAAUCACGCGAUCGUUCAAACGCUGGUUAACUCGAUCAGUCCCAGUCUGGCACCGAAGGCUUGCUGCGUCCCCACUCAGCUGUCAUCCAUCUCGAUGCUCUAUCUGAACGAGCAGAACAAAGUCGUCCUGAAGAACUACCAGGACAUGACCGUAGUCGGAUGUGGUUGUCGUUAAACACAACCGCUUGUAAAUUGCAUGAAAUUGUAUUAUACUGAGCAGAGCUGGUAUCCUCUUAAAGAAGAUACCACCGAGUCGUAGGUUAUGAAACCGGGUCGACCGGGUCGUAGGUUAUGAAACGUACUAUGAAACGAAGAUAUGAAGAUGGGCGGAUGUCAUGUAAAUUUAUUCCUAUGCCAGAGGAGGAAGUAGCAGAUGAAAAUGAAGCAGAAUAAGAAGAGAUUAGGAAACUUUUCGCUUAAGAGAGUCACGAGAUCGAGAUCGAACGGCUGCGUGAUUUGUACAUGUGUGUGAGUGAGCGCGCGAUUGAGGACGGGAUCCCGAGCGCGGUUUGGGAUACCGAUUGUAAUAUUACGACUAGCGAUACUACUUACAAAUAAAACCCAGUGUUGGUAAAAAAAAUUGUACAAAAAUCUAUCCAUGAUAUUUGAGAAACUGCGAUCGAAUAUGGCUUAUAUUGUAUACUGCUGUAAUAAGGAAAAAAACUGCAUAAUACUAAAACCACAUAAGCAAGCCGCAGCGAAACCUGUUUUUGUAAAUAUACGCGUAAUUCAAAGGCUAGCUAAUAUAUCUAACUAAAACCCGUAAAUCCUUGUAGAACACGAACACACAAAUGAACACUUUAUGCAAUGAAUACCACUACUACAUUGAAAGCUUCACUCUAAGAAAAACUUUAGGCGAUUGUUUAAUAAUGUAAACACAAACAAUAUUUGUUGGAAGAUUGUUUUAUUUAUUUUUUUGGUACAGUAAGACAGAGGGGGGCCAGCAUUCGGAGAUUUACUCGACGGAGUCAGGUUGUAUAGGUCAGAGAGUCUGUAAAAUAGUCUGUCGGAGGCGUUACGAGUGUUUGGCGGACGCACAACCAUAGUAGUAACCUGUACUGUUUAUACUAUCCAAUCCUACUGUUUUAUCUCUGUAAAUUUGUGUAAUAUAAUAGUACCUGUAUUUGAGAAAAAGUAUUUAUUAAAUAAAUGGUCAAAAAUUGAGAGAGGAAUUAAAUUUUGUAAAAUUUGUACCGUAA